AGGGCCUCGAAAUUCAAUAGCAGCCAAUCGAAUUGGUUUCGAGGCGCCUGCAUAACGUAAUCCUGCAGUGAUUUACAUCAUCUUCAUUUGUCCAUUUCACUAGAGCCACCCUGAUGUCUCAAUUGCAACUACACAUACAUUAUUGUAUUACAUUUCCACCGCGUUUCCUUUUCAUUUCUGCCACCCUACUUUUUCUCCUUGGUGUCUGGUGCGAACAUCUAAUCUAUUUUGCAUGGACCUGCUCCAAUUCGGACGGUCACGGAAUCAUGCAACAAGCUGUUCACGAUGAUGCAAUCCAUCUCCGCCAACCAGCCAUGGAUGAGGGCCGAGGGUCAGGAUGUCGCUGACGCAGCUUUCCCGUGGUUGCAGGCCAUCAAAGCUGCCGAGUACUACUGCAUUCAGAGCAUUGUGUCACUUACUAUGAUACAGAUUAUCAUAAGUCAACUGCCAGCAUUCACUGGCACAUCUCCGCCCCCCUUUUCCCAUCAUAAUUACUCACAGAGCACGCGAAAACUGGCCCUUGUAUUGAGUAAGAUGUCAUUGACUUCGAUAUGUGUGCCCCGCAUUCAUCCCCUCGACAAAGCCCUUCCCCUGCUCAAACGUCCUGAAUCUUACCUACCCAACAAACGAAUACGCAAACCUGAUAGAGUGAGAUCUGCUGCAUCGGAUGACCCACUCCCAGAGGGUCUAGGCCCACUUGAACAAGAGGUCUCAGGAUCACUGGUCUAUCUAAAGGACAAUUAUCAUUGGGCAUCUUCGAGUAGUCAACUCUCUGCUUGCUCCUUCGAACCUGGCACCACUGAGGACCUCGGCAAAGUGCUCCAAAUAUUGGGAGAGACCAAGACACCGUUUGCAAUUAAAAGCGGUGGUCACGCGACCAACCCAAAUGUUUCGUCAACCCCAGGCGUUCAGAUCGCGAUGUAUUCAUUUUCAGACAUCACAUUUGACUCAGAUACCCAGACAGCAACCAUUGGCACUGGUAACGUAUGGGAUGACGUCUAUUCAAUGCUGGAAGAAUACGGUGUGAAUGCUGUAGGGGGGAAAGUCACUGGCGUCGGAGUUGGCGGCAUCAUACUUGGUGGAGGAUAUUCGUAUCUGACAAACCAGUAUGGGCUGGCAAUCGACAACGUGAUAUCGUACGAACUCGUUUUGCCCAAUGGCACGGUGACUACAGUGACCAGCUCCAGAGACCCAGAUUUGUUCUUCGGCUUGCGGGGAGGUUUCAAUAACUUUGUGCGUGGUUCUCUACAGCAGUACCGCGUGAAAUACUGGACUGACACCUUCCCUCCCCGCAGGGAAUUAUUAUCCAUGUCACUCUCAAAACGUAUCCUCAAUAAGUUUGGUGCAGAUCGACUCAGCGCAGCAAACGCAGCCAUCGCCAAGUUCCCGGCGAACGUUACAGAUACCAAGGCAGCGAUAUACAGCACAUAUGACUAUGUCUUAGGAUCGUUUUCACAGUCGAAUGCGUUCUAUGAUGCGCCUACUUACCCGGAUGGUAUCUUCGAUGACUUUUUGGCGAUUCCACACAUCGAGGAAGAUAUUUCUACCCGAUCCUACGUGUCCUUUAUCCGAGCUCUCCCGAUGAACGAUACAGCCGUGUUCAAUUCCAUAGCGAUCGAGGAAUGGACCGAGUCCUUGUUAAACGACAUUGCCGAAGAGACACUUGUGAGCAUCAGGAUAUCUACUGGAGAGAAUCUGGCGCGUCUGCAGGAUAUCGAGAAGGCUGUUGAUCCAGAUAACGUGAUGGAGCUCGCUGGAGGGUGGAAAUUGUAG